AUGGUUAGUUGCGAACCGUUUCAUUCAUACAAGGUUCCAUUAAAAAAUAAUGGACAAUCUGUUAUCGAACAUAAUCUUGUUACAAUAUAUUUAAGCUUAGAAUGGCCUAAUAAUAUUAAUGAUAAUCCAAAUCUUAUCAUACAUAUUUUUGAUAAAAAAACAUCUGCAAAAACAUGUAAAAUUGAACCAUCAAUGUCAUAUAGUCAACAAAAUCAAUCAUCAGUAUUUGUCAAUUCUAUCAAUCAUCAACAACAACAACAGCAGCAGCAGCAGCAACAACAACAGCAACAGCAACAACAACAAAAUUUUGGAUCCACAUAUCCACAACAAUAUAAUCAUCAUUCAUCAGUUAUUAAUAAUGAGCCACCAACGACAACAGGAACACUUACAACAGGCGAUCAUAAUGAUGUAUCAUCAACAACAACUACAGUAGUAUUUAAUGGUAUACAACCACCACCAUUAUCAUCAAUAUCUCAUACACCAAUUCAACAAAUUAAAAAUGAAGUUCAAACACAAUUAUCACCAGUUUAUCGACGUCAACAAACACCUAAUUCACCAUCAACAUGCUCAUCAACAAAUCAACAAUAUUUAUCAUCCCAACAUGUCAUUCAAACACCAUCGUCUAAUAUUGAUACUCAAUCAAAUAUACAAAUGUCACCAAUAUCAAAAACUAUUAGUCCAACAUCAUCAACUUCUAUUCCAACAAAACAAGCAAUGACUCAUGUGAUCGAUUUACAACAGUCUCCAGGUAUUGCUCCAUAUCCAUUGUCAACGUCAUCAACGUCCUCGACAUUCAAGGCUAUUACUUGCACUUGCUUAAAACCGCAUAUUGCUCAUGAACAUAAUUGUCCUGCAUUAACAUUAAUGAAACAACAAUCAAAUGCUAAUUUAAAUUCUCAAACAAUUGUUUGUCGACCACCAAUUAAUCGUACAAUAGCUCAACGAGCUGCUGUUGCUUCACAAAUUCGUACGAAUCGUGCUAUUUCAAUGGCCCCUACAAAAGAUCAAGGACAAACAUCAUCAACAACAUUAUUACAAUUUUCAAUUUCAAAUCCAAAAACAUCCGAUUCAUCACCAAAUAUAGCAACAAUUGUUUCUCAACAACAAUCAAAUUUUCCAACAAUAAAAAAACCAAUUAUGCGACAACGUAGUAUUGGUUCAACAAAUUCUCGUCAAAAAAAAAGACGUCUUAUUAAACAAAUUAGUUUACCAAAUGGAGCAAAUCAAGAUCAAUCAUCAUUUUAUAAUCAAUUUAAUUUAAAUGAUUCCAAACAAGAACAGUCGACAUAUAUGAUUAAAGAAGAAAAUAUAUCAGCAUCAAAUUCACCAGUAAAAUUAGUUUCACCAUUUUCUAUUCAAACAACAGUAAGCAAUUCAGAAAUCGAUCAAACAAUAGAUGAUGUUAUUAAUGGUAAAGGAGAUAUAAGAAUUGAUGAUUCAGCAUUUAUACAAACAAAACGGCAACAAUUACCAUCAUCUCAACUUGUUUGGGUACAAAAUGGAACAGUAACAACAAAAACGUGGUUAUCACCACUUUAUCAAAAACAACAACAGCAACAACAACAACAACAACAACAGCAACAACAACAGCAAUCAACGUAUGAUUCAAUUGGAUCGGCUUUAACUCAUCAAGAUGUUGUGAAUAUUGCGCAACAAGUAGUUUUUCCAACGACUACAGAACAAAAUCAAAUUCAUACAGAAUUACAACCUACAAUAACGAAUAAUAGUAAAAAACGAAAUCGAUUGAAAUCGACAAAUAAUAUAACUCCAAAACGUAAUCGUAAUCGUAAAGGUAUUCUUGAUAGACCACAUUCAACAGGUACUGCAUCUUCCGAACAUGAAACUACAGAAAAAUCAACGGCUAACUCACCUAUAACACCUACACUUAAUUUAAUUAAUAAGCCAAUAUCAUGGUCAAAUAUUCCAACAUCAUCCUCAUUAGGAUCCGUAACAACUAGAACUAAUACUCCUAUAUUAAAUUCAAAUCAAGAUUUAUUAUCGUUUGAUAAGAAUGAUUCAUGGCAAACGCAAUGUAUUGAGAAUGUUGAUGCUAUUCUAGAUGAAUUUCAACUUGUUUCUAUUGAUGAACAACGAAUUAAUUCCAAUCAUCAUUUUGAUUUUGAUUUAAGUACUGAUGGUUUUCCAUCAAAAGGAACUGAUCAAUUUUGUUCAUCAACACCACCACCACCAUUAACAAUUGAUAAUCAAAGAUAUUCAUUAUUAACAACUGAUAAAUUAAUUAAUUCAUCAAUAACAAAUUCUCGAUUAGUCACUGGUAAUGUUGAUGUUUAUGAACAUUUUCUUAAUCCUCAUUCAUCAUCAAUUUGGCAAGAAAAUCAAGUAACAUCAUCUGUAUCAACACCACCAGAUUUUCAAAUUAAUAAUUUUUCUAUACAGCAACAACAGCAACAACAACAACAACAACAUCAACUACAAGCCCAACAACAGUAUUAUUCUUCUCAAACACCUGAAGAACAUUUUGAUUCGUCUAAUUUACAAUCACAAGUAAGAUUGUUAUUCGAUGUGCAAUCUUAA